UUGCCCACACACAGUCCUCUGUGCGUGGUGCAGCCAGAACAGUUAUAAUAAUCCGAGAGCUGUUUGCCCGCUGUUUUCCACAGACUCUCCGCGAGAACGCGUCGCCGAAUUGAGCAGAGAAGAUGCUGUUGAGACCGGUGGUGCUAUUGGUGCUGCUCGGAGUGCUCCAUCAGGUGGCUCGCGGUGCUCCACCCAACACAAAAAGUCGAUCCAUUGUUUUCAUCUCGCCUUCGUGGCCCAUGUUUUUCCCCAUGAUGGAGAUGCCCCAGGCCGAACUCGGUCCCCAAUCAAGAUCCCCAGACGCACAAACCAACACAUUGGGGUCGCCUCAGCCCCAGCCGAUGCAGACGUUCAUCCCCGUGUCGAUCUUCGUCUACGACCCAAGCCGUCAAGUGGCGAGCACGAUUCAGGGCUACGUCACUCAAGCGGUGGGAUUUCUGACGAACCGCGUGACGAGCGCAGUUUCCGGCGUCCUGCCCCAGCUGCCGGUCACCAUCAACAUCCCCGACAUCUUCAACGGGGUGGCCAACAGGGUGACCGCCGUGUCGACGGCGGUGCAGACCGCAUGGCAAAACAGACCUGCCAACAACCCGACGGCCGUCGACCCUCUUCCUGACAGGCUGCCCAACCCCGACGAUGAGCUCAUCAUCUGAUUUCAAAAGUUUGUUUAUUUCGUGCUCUCUCGCGCUUUUAUUUUCGCCGCGGAUGAGAAAGAGAUGUGGACUGGAGAUAAAUGCUUUCGUUUUGCGCUCUAAUCGAAUGAAAGGUCAGUGAUGAAUCGCUAGUUUUUGUAUAACGUGUCGAAUUCUGUUGCUUCUCUCUGCUUUUAUUUAUUUUUUAAUGUUAUGUUUCCGUUUUCGAUGUGAAUAAAAAUUGACUACUGCGAUUCAUGGGUGGGCCGUACAUUUUGCAGCAUGAAAUAUUGAUGCCAAAAUUGUUUACAUUGUUUGAAAUGAAAUAUCACUGCGUGCAAAGGUACAAGUCACGAACGACUCUCUUGCAGAUUAUCAUUUUUUAUAAUCGUAAAAUGUGCAGUUGAUACGAAAGCUGCACGAUACAUAAAAUUGAGAACAAAAAAAAGCUGAGUUUAUUUCAUUUAAACUUUUUCCAACUUGACAAAAAUUCAAAUGAACAUGAUGAGAAGAAACAAAUUUUGCUGGGAAUUUUCUUUUUAAACUUUAUUCAUUGUCCCCAACUAAACCUUCAAAUACUAACAAUGCUCAUUUGAAAUAAAUUAAAAUUUAAACAAUUUAAUUCAUUUAUUUGAAGAACUUAACACUAGAGGAGAUGAUCGUGGAAAUGAAAAGAUCGGGCUCUUUCCUCGUUGCAGAAAUGG